UGGGAAGACCAAAUUGCAAAGAAAAAAAAUAUAUACAGAGCUAAAGAGGCUCUAUAGAGAUCUCACACCCUUCACUUUGCUGACUAAAUCAGCUGACUGGGGGUCGUUUUGAUCUCAAUUUUAAAGCAAAACGACAUCCCCUUUUGCCCUAUCAUGUUGGGCCGGCCUUGGUUUUUGAGUUAAAGAAAAGGGCUUCACAGAGCGAGCGAGAGAGAGACAGAGAGAGAGGGUUUUCUUGAAACUUUCUUGAAACACAGCCCAGUUUUGAACAGAAUAAAGUGCAGAAGACUCUCUCUCUCUCUCCCUCCUCUUUCUACCCUUUCUCUCUCUCUAUGUUUGCUGCCUUGUCUUGUUCAUAAGAUUCAAGGACUAAUCACACUUACCCACAUUAAAGUGUUGUCUCUCUCUAGUCAUUGGGGCUGUAAUUUUACUGGGUUUUGGGCCAUUGUCUCUCUUAUACACAUAUACGCGCACACGUAUAUAUCAGCUACAAGAGUGCCCACAAUAGAAAAAGAAAGAAAGAGCCUUGUUUGACUAAUCAGAAUGCUGAGAAACUGAUUUUCUUGCAAUUUGAGGAAAGUAGAGGAAUGCCUAAGUAUAAUUUUAAGUCUUUCUUUGUCAAACUAUUGAGCUCCAAUCACAUCAAUUUGUGAAUCAGAGGCUGGGAAAAAAUUCCUGUAAUGGGGUUGAUUUUAUGUUUUUGCUGAUUCUAAGCAAAAUCCAGAAAACUGUGGGAAUAGGAGGAGAGAGGGAUAUAGAAGGAGAGCUCUGUAUGAAGAGGGAGUGAAACAAUGAGAGAUGAGAAUACAAAGAAAAGCAAGCUCUCGUGGUCAAAGAAACUGAUUAGGAAAUGGUUCAACAUCAAGAGCAAAACUGAGGAGUUUCAGGCAGAACAUGAAGUUGUUUAUGGGGGUGGUGAUGUGGAAUGGAGAAAUAGCUUCUCAGAGAGGGAACCAUGUACAAUUAAGAAAAGUAGAACAGAAAAAUCAAGGAAGAGCACAGAACGAAUUGGGCGAACAGAAAAAUCAAGGAAGAGCACAGAACGUGUCCGGCGAGGGAGAGUUGAUCUUGAUCAUCCUCAAAUUAUAAAUGUGCAGAACUAUAGCAUGUUUGUGGCAACAUGGAACGUGGGUGGAAAAUCGCCAACGAGUAAUUUGAAUCUUGAUGAUUUUUUGCAUUCUUCGCCUCCCGCAGACAUUUAUGUUCUUGGAUUUCAAGAAAUAGUUCCUUUGAAUGCGGGGAACAUUCUAGGCGCUGAAGACAAUGGCCCUGCAAAAAAAUGGUUAGCUUUAAUCCGAAAAACACUAAACAAUCUUCCCGGAAGUAGUGGAGGAGGUGGGUACUAUACACCUUCUCCAAUCCCCAAUCCAAUUGUAGAAUCGGAUGCAGAUUUCGAGGGAUCAACCAGACAAAAAGCGUCAUUUUUCCACCGUCGAUCAUUCCAAACACCCUCCAGCUGGAGGGCUGAAAAUGAUCCGUCAGUGUCACAGCCUCGCCUUGAUCGGCGAUACAGUGUUUGUGAUCGGGUGAUCUUUGGUCAUAGGCCAAGUGACUACGACACUAGUUUCAGAUGGGGUCAUAGGCCAAGUGAUGCUUCGUGGAGUCACAGACCGAGCGACUCUUCAUGGGGUCAUAGACCAAGUGACUAUUCCGGGGGUCACAGACCGAGCGAUUAUUCUGGGGGUCACAGACCGAGCGACUAUUCAUGGGGUCAGAGGCCAAGUGAUUUUUCAAGAUGGGGUUCAUCGGAUGAUGAUUAUGGGACUGGGGAUUCACCUAGCACUGUGUUCUCACCGUUAUCUAAUGCUGGAUCGGCACCAAUGGAAGAUGGGUAUAGAAUGCCGGGAAAUUCAAGGUACUGCUGUGUUGCAAGCAAGCAAAUGGUUGGGAUUUUUCUCACGAUAUGGGUUAAGAGCGAUCUAAGGGAACACGUUCGCAACAUGAAAAUAUCUUGUGUGGGCCGAGGAUUGAUGGGCUACCUUAGAAAUAAGGGAUCUAUUUCGGUCAGCAUGCUGUUACACCAAACAAGCUUUUGCUUUAUCUGUAGUCAUUUGACCUCCGGACAGAAGGAGGGGGACGAGCUACGUAGGAACUGUGAUGUCAUGGAGAUUCUAAAGAAGACGAGGUUUCCACGAGUCAACUGCGUGGGUGAUGAAAAGUCCCCUGAAACAAUCCUUGAGCAUGAUCGAGUUAUUUGGCUUGGGGAUCUGAAUUAUCGGAUUGCGUUGUCUUACCGGUCUGCUAAGGCACUUGUUGAGAUGCAAAAUUGGAGGGCAUUGUUAGAGAAUGACCAGCUGCGGAUAGAGCAGAGACGAGGGCGUGUUUUCCGUGGAUGGAAGGAAGGGAAGAUAUAUUUCCCACCAACUUACAAGUAUUCAAAUAAUUCAGAUAGAUAUACCGGGGACGAUAUGCACUCGAAGGAAAAAAGGCGAACACCGGCAUGGUGUGAUAGAGUUUUGUGGUAUGGAGGUGGUCUUCAUCAAUUAUCCUAUGUCCGAGGGGAAUCUAGGUUCUCGGAUCACAGACCGGUUUAUAGCAUAUUUUGGGCUGAGGUUGAGUCAUACCAAGGCCGCUUGAGAAGAAGCAUGAGUUGUUCUGGUUCUAGGGUUGAGGUGGAGGAGCUAUUACCGUACUCGCACGGAUACACUGAACUCUGCUUUUUCUAGAAGAUGCAGAGAGCGUUUGGGCAAGAAAUUUCUUCAAAGAAAUUCAGCCUUUGGAAAAAUGAUGGAGACAUGUCCAUUUCCCACUAACCAAAAAAUGUGUGUGUAUAUUUGCAUUUUUGCUCGCUAACUGACUUCACACGACUCUGAUUUUGCGUACUUAAUUCAUCAUUAUACCAUUUCAAGCACGAUUCAAUUACCCGAUCAAGAAAUUCCUACUUUACAAGCAUUUGCAGUUGUCAUACUCAUACCUUCAGGUUGAAUUUAAACCAAUCAAGCAUUGCCAAGUGGGUAAAUCGGGAUUAUUUUAAUUUUUUAGAAAUUCUUUAUAUUUGUUUUGAGAAAGCAAAAGAGAUGAGAUGGUCAAAAUAAUCAUUUGUGUGUUGCCUUUCUGUUUUGAUUGAAAGGAGAAGUAAGAACUGAAUGUAUACUCAUUUACUAGAAAGAUACAAAAGAUACAAAAUUGAAGAUAUCAAGCCCCUCUUGUUCUAUUGUUGCCAAUGAUUUUAGGCUCGGUCUGUUAAGUA